AUGGACAGCACAAAAAAACGGAAACUCGACUCGGACAACGUCGCAGAGGCUGGAAAGAGACUCAAGAUGACUCCCGAGGUCGGCCCGAGCACAGAAUCGCUCCGGCCACCACUACUUGCAGGUGCCGCACAAACGGGUCAGACCAACCAACACAACACACAUAUGCAGAGCAGCAGAGGGAGGCGAAAGAAGAAAACGAACGACUCGACUCAGGAACCCGCGAAGGCACCACAACGGCCUCGCAUCAACAAGCUCAAUGCUCCGAGACCGUUCCCGACGGUCCCAACAUCUGUCGCUGCAACGGGUCCGCGUUCAAGUCAUCGAGAAGGGACAAACAUGAUGUGCAUUACGCGUAAAACGUCGCUGGGAAAUUACAUGCGUCGGUGCAAGGAUGUUAUGCUUAAUGAUGGGUAUAAAACGUUGCACUUUAGCGCCAUGGGCGCGGCUAUACCCCUUCUUCUCCAACUAGUCUGCUCACUGCCACCAAUACUCCCUUUCCCUCCAGACGAAAUACGCUGGGAAGUCACGACAGGUUCGGUCGAAGUUCAAGACGAAGUAAUUCCUGAGGACGACGAGGAAGACUUAACUUACCAAACACGUUCAAAGUCGGUCUUGGGCAUAAUCUUCAAGGUUGGAGAUGGUGAAUUCGAAGGCGAUCGUGGUGCCAUUCGGAAAUAUUCAGCUGGAAAGAUCGUUCCGAAGAGCUUUCACGCUCCACGAACCAACGACCCAAAGGUCAACAAAGGUACUACGAAGGGGAAAGGAAAGACCACCGAAGACUCUUCCGCAAUCGUGUAUGAGGAACCUGAGCAGGAAUAUAUGGAUGCUCUCUAG